AGGGAGGGAGCCCUGAGAGAGAAGGGGUGCAGAGCUCCCCCAUCCUCUGCAAGGGCUCAGGGCGGGCAGGGAGCUGGGGCAGGACAAACAGCCACUGCUGGGGCCGGUUCACUCUCUCGGGAGACCCAUGGCAGAAUCUGUUUAAAUGCUUUCUGAGUGUGUUGCUUUUUUAGAAUCUAUACCCUACUCAAGGAGGCUUUAAAUGAGCAUCAUCAGACCCUGAACAUCCCACCAUGAACGGGUACCUGAACGAAUCCAAUUUCCUGAUGGUGGAGGAGGGCUUCACCACCAGAGACCUGCUGGAGAACCUCCUCGGGGAGCUGUGCCAGGGGAGCGACCAGCAAGCCUUCUUCGUGGCAGACCUCGGGGAUGUCGUGAAGAAGCACCUGCAUUUCCUGAAGGCCCUGCCCCGGGUGAAACCCUAUUUCCCAGUUAAAUGCAACAGCAGUGAAGGAGUGAUUCGGCUGCUGGCAGAGCUGGGGGCAGGCUUUGCCUGUGCCAACAAGGCUGAGAUCACCCGGGUUCAAGGCAUUGGAGUCCCAGCUGACAGGAUCUUCUACAGCAGCCCCUGUAAGCAGGUUGCCCACAUCAGGUACGCGGCCAAACACGGGGUGCAGCUGAUGACCUUCGACAACGAGGUGGAGCUGAGCAAGGUGGCCAGGAGCCACCCCCGUGCCAGGAUGUUGUUGGGGAUCACUGCUGACUCCAGCCCUUCUGCCCACCCGGGCAUGACAUUUGGGACCACGCUCAAAUCCUGCCGGCACCUGCUGGAGGCAGCGAAGGAGCAGGCUGUGGAGGUGGUUGGCAUCAGCUUCCACCUUGGGGGCCGUGGGCUGGAGCCCCAGGCCUUUGCUCAGGCCGUGGCUGCAGCACAGCUGGUGUUUGACAUGGGCACAGAGCUGGGCUACCAGAUGCACCUCCUGGACAUCGGCGGGGGCUUCCCCGGCACCGAGGACACCAGAGCCCGGUUCGAAGAGAUUGCUGCCAUGGUAAACUCUGCCUUGGACUUGUACUUCCCGGAUGGCUCCGGGGUGGAGAUUGUUGCCAGACCGGGGCGAUACUACGUCGCCUCCGCCUUCACCUUCGCUGUCAGCAUCACUGCCCUGGAAGAGAUCCCCGUGGAGCAGCCUGGCUCUGACGAGGAGGAGUCCAGCAGCAGGAAGAGCCUCGUGUAUCACCUCAACGACGGCAUCUACGGCGCCUUCAGCUGCCUCCUGUUCGACAGCCCCUGCCCCAGGCCUCGGCUGCACAAGAGACCCUGCCCAGAGCACCCCUCCCACAGCAGCAGCCUCAGGGGCCCCCCUGGCCACGCCGAGGAUCGCAUCGCCGACGGGCUGGAGCUGCCCGAGCUGCACGUCGGGGACUGGCUGCUUUUUGGGAACAUGGGGGCCUACACCAUCCCAGCCUCAUCCCAGCUCGGGGGGUGUCCCCAGCCACACGUCACCUACGCCAUGUCCCGCAUGGCCUGGAAAGCCAUCCAGCUCUUCCAGGGAAAGCCCCUCCAGGCAGAAGAAGACCGUGAGAGCCUCUGCACGCCCCUGUCCUGCGGCUGGGAGAUGGCAGAGACCCUCUGUGUCCCCCCAGUCUUCGCUCCCACCGGCAUCAUCUGAGCAGGGACGGCACAGGGAGGGGAGGACCCAUGGUGGGGAAGGGCCCUGGGGUGGUACCGGGGUGGGGAAGGGUCCUGCAGCAGUACCAGGGCAGGGGGGAAGGUCCCAUCGCAGUACCAGGGGGAUAAAGGUCCCACAGCGGUACCUGGGGUGGGAAAGAUCCCACAGUGGGAAAGGUCCCACGGUGGGAAAGGUCCCAUUGUGGUACCAGGGUGGAUGAAGAUCCUGUGGCAGUACCCAGGGGUGGAAAAAUCCCCCAGUGGAAAAGGUGCCACAGUGGUACC